GGAGUCUCCGUCUGAGGCCGGAACAUCUUACGGUCUUAAACGGAGCCUUUAAACUGGGGGGAGCUUGAGGGUUUUGGAAGUGCCCAGUCCUCUCUGGUGGAAAUUAAAGUUGGUACUCAGCUGGCAGGCAAAUGCCAGAUAUUUUGACACGAUAUCCCUUCCUGAAUGUUAAACGUGCCUCUCGCGUCGCAGGCCCCCACAGCCCUUUGGAUGGACGCUACGCAAACACCCGGGCUACGAUCUCUGUGCCGCUGAAUCAAUUCUUACACGCUUGUAACUUCUGUAGGAGCAGGAUCAGGCCUGUUGCCCCACGUUGCCUGAGCUGUCCACUUGCAUUGACAGGUGAGUUAAAGAGGAGCUGUGAACAACGGCUAUGGCACUGAGAUGCUUUCGGCAGCUGCAGUCCCUGCUGUAUCGUUCUUCGUUUGCAACGAGGGUGUUGCCACGGGCUCCUGCAGGCUGCGCAGCCCUGCUCCUGAACAGCUGCAUGCAGUGUGUCCAUCAGAUGAUGCAAACUAGACAGCUAGCUACCAAAAAAGCUAAAGGUAAAGGACAGGCUCAAGCCAGAGUGAAUAUCAGUGCUGCCUUAGUUGAGGAUAUUAUCAAUUUAGAAGAGACCAGUGAAGACAUGCAGGCGGUAGUAGAAGCCCUGAAAGAAGAUUUCAGCAGAAAUCUCAAUAUUAGAACCUCACCAGGGGCCUUUGAUCACAUAAUUGUGGUGACAAAAGAUGGGAAGUUUCCACUGAACCAGCUUGGGCAGAUCUCGCAGAAGUCACCUCAGCUCGUUUUAGUGAACAUGACCAAUUUUCCAGAGAGUACAGCUGCAGCUAUGAAGGCUAUAAGGGAAAGUGGAAUGAACCUAAACCCGGAAGUAGAUGGGACAAUAAUUCGGGUACCAAUCCCCAAAGGAAGCUUGGGCCUAGCUGGCUGCAGCACUUUGCAAGAGACAGCCAAAGACUUUGGAAGCUGUAUCGCCUUAAUUCAAGGGCUGACUCCUUGCUGCUUUUCUGCAAUUCCUGGAGUUACAUCAGCACUGAGCAGCAGUAUUGCAGUAGCGAAUGAGUAGUAUUAGAGGUGAACAGCACCUUGCUGCAGAGAACAUCAAAAGGAAAUGAUGGAAGGAAGAGGGAGGAAAUUGAGAGCUUUGACUAAAAAAGCCACUCCCUCUCCUCACUUAGGACACACCUUACAGCCCGUGGCAACAUGGACGUAAAACGUCCGUCUGUAUGUAUAUGGCUCGUGGUCAGAAAAGCAGCUGCUCCUGCCUGAGGACUGGGCUUCACUUCCCUCACCAUCACAGGCUUCUCCCAGCGCUCAGACCAAUCAGGCAGGUGUCUUUACAUCAGUGCUUUAGCUGGGAUCAAGAGAGUGCUUUAGAAGCAAGUCACCUGAUGGUCAGUGCUUAGAAGGCUUUGGUUCACAGCGUGUUGCUGUCUCAAAACACGUGAGUAGGAUUCCUUUCAGAUGAAACUGAACAGAAAAAUAUACUCUGGGAGUGCACCUAAUGCUCCCCCAGUGCUCACAUGUGUUCCCUCCCUGAGAGGAGACCGGAUCUCCUGUAGAGCCAGACCUCUGGAAGGCAGGCAGCUCAGAGCUGCCCUGCAGCUCGGCUCUUCCUGUGGCACGUAUCUUGCUAGCACGGGCACCGCACCGCCUGUAAUGGGGAGAGUAGCGCUGCUCUGCCCGGGUCUGGGUGGUGCAAGGUCAAUUCAUGAGUUGCUGUGGGUGCUCAGACCCUGCUGGAGCGGAGUCAGAUGUGGAUGUACAAACCCACCACUGGCCUGAUUUCACAACUCCCAUAAAGGCUAGAGACGGCUUUUACACUGCGCGUACCAUGCACAUGCACUGCAUUUUACAAGCAGGUGACUUCUGAGUAAAGAUGAACUAAGUAUUUCUAGUGCUUUAGAUCUAUGUUAAAAAUACUGCUGGAUUUUAUCUAGCAUUUUGAUUAGGGAAUUCUAAUUGCAGCUUUCUGGUGCUGUCGGCGAAAGGGAAUGACAUUAUCAUUCUAUUUGCUGAUUUUCUUUUUCCCCUGUGCUCUCUGCCCUUCCCCCCUUCCUCAGGAGAGGAGGCAGAGGAGGAGGGCACUAUUAUCUUCAUAAUUGCUGAGGCUCCCGGGUUGCUGCACAGUAGUUUGAUUGUUAAUGGGCACUUGGGUCAUCCUUGAAUAUGAAUUGCAGGGGAGGAAACUCUGAAACUGCAAAUCCUGAUCUUUAAAAAAAUAUAUUAUUUUUUAAACAACUGUGUAUGUUCUGUCACUUUCUUUUGUGGUGCUGUGGAGCAAAACCAGGUCUUCUUUCCCCAUGGAAGACCUGUGUAGUGGGCUCUCGUGUUCCUCUGGUGUAUCACUAUUGCUGCUCUUGUUUUUUUUUUGCCCUGGGUGGUUGGCAGCCUAGGGAGUCCUGAAUUAAAGAGAUUUUCCACUUGGAACAUGUGCCUUGCAGGUCUGCCCUGAUGGGCACCUCAGGUCCCGUUUUCCUCACCCACUCUGUAGUGACGAGACUGGAUCUUUCAGAGUUUCAUCCACCUAUCGACAAGACAGGCAGUCAGCUAGAAUCUUUUACAACCUUCUAAUGUAAAGGGGGAAAAAUAAAUCAAAUUCUGCUGGAGGCCUCUCUUUAAUAGUAUAUCCCUGAAUUACUUUUUCUAAUUUUCCAAAUUAUUUCAUUUUCCCAACACUCUAAUGAUGUUUAUGAUGUGACAGACAGGAAGCAGUUAACUUACCAAAGUUAUAGCAGGUGUGCAAAAUAAGCAGACAGAUCAGAUAAAGUUGCUGUAGGUAUCACUUGCGUAUCUGGAAGAUACAAUAUUAUUUCUGCAGAAGCUGAUUCUUUCAUGAGGGUGGGCACAUCAAAAGUAAAACCAGCAAAUCUGAAACGUCUUUGCCUGUUACUAAAAACACUUUUCAGUCCGACGUAUCAGCUGGACAUGUGUGCAUCAUAUUUUGCCUCAUGCAGGUUCAACUAUACUUCAGUGCUUGAGAUUGUUUCAACUGAGCAUUUAAAAAUGGAUUUUAAAUGGCAUUUUAAAAUAUACUUUUCAGUAUUUAUUCAUUUAAUUUUUACAUUUCAGUUUAGACAGUAAAAAUACACUGGUUUCACUCGUGUUUACUUCUGCUUCCUGCUAGGAUCCCCUCUACUCCCCAAGGUAUUAGCUUGUUUGUGUUGCUAGCACUGCAUGGGCAAUAUUUAUUUGUAUUAAAAUCAUUCUCUGAGGGUUUAAAAAGAAACAAAAAAAACCCAGCCAUGGGAACAUUUGUAUUGGUUGAUCUCUUGGCCGAAUUUGACCUGACCUUGUGCCUUUUAUGGUAUUGCCUCAUUUUUAGAUUCAUCUUUUUUGGAACUAUUGUGUUACACUAGAUAUUGUUUGUAAAUUAGUAAUAUUUUUACACAUGCUUUACUGAAAGCCAGAUGACUCAUUUGAAAGUUUAAUGACUCAUUGUGAGCUUUCUUUUUUCCCUUUAAGAAAUAUGCAAAGAUACCUACUGCGGAGAGAAAGGGCUCAAGAAAUUUCAUUUGAAAAAAAACAAAGCUGUUUUUGAGCUGCGUUGCUCCAGAUCUCUCAUCAUAAGUGUCAUACGUGCUUUCUGUUGAAUAAUAUCUUUUGCACCCUGUGUUUAUCUGCAUCUGCAAUUAUGCAUGCAGAGUAUCUAGUUAAGCCUACUUUCCUUUAGCUGAUCCCUCUCGUUCACAGGAAUUUCCUAGCAUUUAAGAUAGAGAAAUUAUUCUUACCCGCAUAAAUGUCUCGUGUUGGAGAUCAGAUGUGGCCUGCAUUGUUUUCACUGUGGGUGCGCUCAUGUCGUAUGCUGCAAGAGGAGCAUCCAAGUAUUGCAGCGUUUAAACCACCGGUUGCUGACUGAAGCAGAAAAAGAGGAGACGUUACCAAUCGUGUAGUUGCAUUUCUAAAACAAACUGGCAUUUCCGUCACCAGGGGCCUCUUAUGAUCACCCCUCAUAGCCCCACAGCGCAGGAUUGACCCUCUAGAAACAGCAGGAUUGGAGCCUGUUGCUUCUUUAUAUCCAAAGGAGAUGCAGCGUUCCCCCAGCGAUGUGCGCUGGUCGGGAGAGGGAGGAAGGGGCUACGGGCAGGGACCUUGGCCUCGUUCCCCGCUCCUGGCACCCCUUCCCCAGCUUUACUGCACGCUUUCUGGCUCUAAAGAGGAGGCAGGGACAACGAUCAUUAGCUAGAAGAAAAACCAUAUCCAGAACAGCGUGGAAGUCCCAGAUGUGGUGGCAGAAUUAAACAACUGUUCUUUAAAACCUUGGGCCUGGCUCACGCUGAUGGAUUUCUUAACCAGAAACAGCAUCUGCCUGAAAAAAAGUGCCCGUUUCUGGCAUAGCUGGUAGCAUUGCUGAGAAUUUACACACAGUCUGGUUGGAACAUAAAACCCGCCAAGAAACUCCGCGGUGCUGUUCAGUGAUAAAAAGAAAUUGGUGUUAAUAAAGACAGACAAGGAGGCAUGAAAGCUGUGACCCUGUGCCAAGAAGCAUAGGAAAUCUGGCAGCACUGCAUAAACAAAAACAUUUCCUUAAAGGCUCAGCAGCCCUAAGCAGGCGAGUGAUACCCUCAGCACAGCUCACGAAAGACGAACACAAACGGGGAGGUGAAUAGCUAACAGCAAACUUGAUCUCGCCCAGCUGAGGCAGUCCUGCCGCAGAGCAGCUUGCCUCGCCACCCAGCAGGAAAGCAGAGAGAUUUUCUACUCCCUCCUCCAAGUUCAGUGGACGCAGAUUUAACACACACGUGCGUACGCACCCGCCCCGGGAGCCUGACCUCCCGCGGACCUCUGCCUACGAGCGGGCUCUGCUGGUUUCGCAUGUGCCGCAGGACCUCUGGCUCAGAGUUUUGGAAAAGAGAAGCCCUAAAGGCAUCGACGUUGGGAUGCACAGGAAACCACAAGUAACCCUGCUCACUUUUAAUUAAGUGUCCAGAUCCAGGCUCUGGCCUCAGCUGACCAGAAGCCUCUUGCCAUAUGUGAAAGAAGCGGGUCCGCUCCCUCCAGCUGUGCUGUCUCAGCCGAUGUCAGCAGGGAGGAGGCCGGGCCAGGGAGCCAAACCUGUCCCUCUCCCCCAGCUCCCCCCCAGCUCCGGGCUGCGUGGCAGCAGCAGGCGCGACCGUACACACUGUGGCUGUGUCUCUGCUACCUAUGUCCGUCAGCUUUUCUAGAGACACCAAAUUCCAGUAAUUACUCAUCACUUCUGGAAAGCCUAUUCCCUUCUGCACCUUGAAGUAAAAAUAACUGACUAGGCUUGGGAACGGACAGCGCCUCUGCAAACAUCUGCUGCGAGUGACCCGACGGCUGCAGGGAGGUAUCAAAGCGAAUGUGCCUCCUUGGACUGAGAACAAGCUCGGAAAGGGCUCAGAAUCUGAGCACGUAACGACAGACUCUUUGUAAUGAAUACCCGCGAGGGGGCAGAGCUAGCUCUGCCGUGGGAGCCCUCGCCCCACGUUUCCUGAGCUCUCUGUAGGAAGAGCCUUGGCCUCAGUGUUUUGGUGACCCAGCCUGUUGCAGUCAAUUUCUAAAUGCUCCCGUGACAUGUUUAUUUUGCAAUAUCUUCUGCUAGCAGACAGGCGCUCGCUUACGAGUGAGUCUUAGUAGGUACAUUGGGCUUUUCAUUCGCAAGGCAAUCUGGAAACAUCAAUAGCCGUGAAAGUAAUUGAAAUAUUAUUGUUAAGCAUUAACAAUUAAUGCUGACAGCGAUCAGCUGUAGAUGCUGGAAAGAAGCAGAACAGUACUGGAGCUAAGGUGACCUGUCAGCUGUUCCUGUGUCUUACUCAGGUGCUCAGACUCCUCCAUCACCUUUAGUUUUUAGUUUGGGAUGGAAAGUUUAGGAUUUUCCUGUGGAAUCACAGCUGUAACUGGCCCAGUAUCAGGGCAGAGGUGGAAAUGAAAUUCUACUCUGCCACUUAGCUGUGGAUCUGCUGAGCCACUAAUUUCGGAACCACUUCUAGGAUAACCCUCUUGUCAAACAGGAUGUUAAACAUGAUCUUAGUGGAAAUGCCUGUUAGUGAUGAGCUGGAAUAAGGUUCAGUGAAAUAUAAGCUCUAUAGCUUCCAGAUAUAUAAUUCAGCCUCUUGCAGUUGCAGGGAGGCUAUAUUGAGUUUCAGGAACGGACGGAGGUUUCCUCACAGCUUUGCAGGAGGAUUACACUUUUCAGCUCUGUCUCUCAGGUCUGGAGCUGGAUUUUCCCUCUUUCCCCCAGAUGCUUUGGCAGCAGAAAAAAGGAAAACCUAAACAUUACAGCAUGACUUUCAGGCACUGCACUGACAACCAUGAAACAAGUAAGAUUCAUUGCAAGUCCCUCAGCUCAGAGCUGUGCUGGGAGCUUUCUGCUCUAGGCUUGAGACUUACUUUACUGAGGUAUGUCACCACGGCAGGAGCUGCGCUGUUCUGUGCAGAGGUACCUGAGUUAGCUCAGACUGAGUCAACCAGGGGACGAAAGCAGGAUGACCAGUCCCUGAGCCCGCGCUGUUUAGCGCUGCGACCUCGCGACGUAGAGCCUCAGCCCAGAGUGAGCGCUGUCUUAACACACGCUGCUUUGGGGUGUCCCGGCAGAGCCCAGCAUGGUGCUGCAGGGCAGAUCUGUCUAGGCCGGUCGGUCCCGGAGCCAGGAGAGCUGUCCGAGACCAGCGCGCAGAGGAUCACUGGGUUUACCCAUAGUCCAGUCUGUCCUUCACAGGAAAUAAAUCUAGCUGUGCUACACAUGACACUGUUUUUUUCCCAC